UUGAAAACAACACAUGGCAUGGCUGAUGAAAAUCUUUUGAAAUAAUAAGUUUUGUAUAAAAUUUAACACAGCGACACGAUAAUCAUGUACCUUUUAUCAUAAAAGCCCAAAAAGUUACUGAUACUUCCAAUCGCAAUUGUCGUUUUUGAUAGAUAAUGUUGUUGGUUUGCUAAUAAUGUUGUUUUGUCCAACCUGUGCAAAUAUUCUUAUUGUAGAAGAAGGCCCAGAUUCAAGACUUCGUUACGGUUGUAACACGUGUCCAUAUGUAUAUAAUAUAAGAAAAAAAGUUUCCUCAAAAACGUUUCCUAAAUUAAAGGAACUCGACUAUAUUAUGGGUGGUGCAGCUGCCUGGGAAAACGUAGAUUCCACAGAUGCAGUUUGCCCCAAGUGCAGCCACAACAGAGCAUUCUUCAUGCAGCUACAAACUCGUUCCGCCGAUGAACCUAUGACCACGUUUUACCGCUGCUGCAAUCAUAAGUGCGCCCAUAACUGGAGGGAUUAAACAGUAUUAUGAGU